UGAAUUUCCAUCUGGUCCAGCCCUCUCAUCUUGUAGGUGAGGAAACCGAAGGCCUGAGGGAGAAAUGACUUGCCAGGAACCCCUGUUAAGGAAAAUUAAGAAAAUGUGGUUAUUAAAGAAGAACUGAGUUGGGAGUCAGACCUGGAGGCCCGCACCCUUGGUUAAGACAUCAUACCACCUUGAGUCUGGCCUGUUGACAGAGGGUGAGCCGCUCUAUCCUCAUGUGAUUGUGGGGUCUUAACCUCAAGGGGUUUCCUGCAGGAAGAAGCAAAUGGGUUUGCUUUCCUAGCUCUGUCCAGUACGUUAGGGACCCUGAGGACUGAAGAGAUUCUUGGAGAGCCAUCUGGUGUAUGUCAUGGGUGGGUCUUUUUUGAAGGUCAGUCUGCCCAGUGGGCUGGCUCAGCCUGAAUGAACUGUCUUGAAUCUUUGGAGUUGUCUGUAUACUUUUAAGGGCUUCUCAACCUUGCACCAAAAGAUCCCCCUGGAAAUUAGGUGGGAAAAACCUUAAAUUUUGUGGGGCCUUGUGUUUGUCUUAAAAGUUCAUGCACAUAGCCAGGUGUGGUGGCUCCCACCUGUUAUCCUUUCCUGGAUCCCUUGAGUCAAGGAGUUUGAGACCAACCUGGACAAUAUAGUGAGACCCCAUCUCUACAAAAAAGAAAAUAUUAGCCAGGGGUGGUUGUGCGCAUCUGAAGUCCCAGCUACUACUGUGGCUGAGGCGGGAGGAGCACUUGAUCCUGCACUGAGCUCUGAUCUCACCAGUGUACUCCAGCCUGGGCCACAGAGCAAGACCGUGACUCAAAAACAAAAAAAGACAAGAAAAAUUCUUCAAGAUUUUGCAUUCUGUCCCACUAUCCAUUGGUUUUCAUGUCAAGAUAAUGUCAGAAAUUCUUUACAAUUGCUUCCAGAAGGAGUAGCCUUUUGAUCUAGUGCACAGGUGUCCAGUCUUUUGGCUUCUCAGGGCCACAUUGGAAGAAGAAUGCUCCUGGGCCGCACAUAAAAUACGCCAAUGCUAACAACAGCUGAUGGGGUUAAAAAAAAAAAAAAAAAAGGUUUGUGCAUAAUUUUCAUGCUACCCACCACCACAGAUAGGUGGAAAUGUCCUUGAAGUCAAAGGGUUGGACACGGCUGAUCUAGUGUCUUGUCGUCCAUUUUGGCUUUCUCCCUGAUUCCAGAAUGCAGGUAGAGAUGUAGAGACAUGCUCUCAGGGCAGCUGUUGAGAUAAAAAAAUUUGUUGUCAUUUAUUCCCAAGCACAGCUGUUUCUCAUUGCAUUGCAAAAGUCUCCAUUCAAACUGCUGUCACAUAUAAAAUCUAUUUAUGUAAGUCUGUAUUUUUCUGUUGUCUUGGCCUUUGGAGGCAGUAGUGUGUUUUAACCGAGCAAAGUGUCCUUCCAAAUAAUGAAGCCGAAGUCAGCCUAACUACUUGCCAUUUUUCUUCCCCUUCCAUUUUUGUAACCUCAGAAUAAUUGUAAGAAUGAAUUAAGAUUUGUGUUUAAGGCCAGGCACAGUGUCUCAGGCCUGCAAUCUCAGCACUUUGGGAGGCGGAGACGGUUGUAUUGCUUGAGCUCAGGAGUUGAAGACCAGCCUGGGCAACAUACUGAGACUCCGUCUUGUAUAAUUUAAUUAAAAUUGAAAAAAAGGAGAGAAAAAGACCUGUGUUUAAAAUUUUAGAAAAGGGGGGGAAAGUGUAAUGCAAAAUGUGGACUAUGCCAGCUAUGAUUGGGAAAACUAGUUUUUCAUACAGCAUUAUCUGUAGACUUGUAUUAGCAGCAUACUGGUCAUAAGCGUUUUGCUUUCCUCAAAUAUGAUGAGGUAAGAUAAUUUAAAGUGUGUUGGGGCUUUCUGCCGCGUGGCUCCUGGAGGUGUUGAGUCCCAAUUUAGCCAAUUAAUUUGGGUUUAGAUUUGACGUGGAUAAGGGAGACCAGCUUCAUUCAUGGUGUACACACGGUUUUGCCAAUAAGGAAACAAAAAGCCACCUGAAUGUUCCUACUCAUUAGAUGCUAUCUGGAGAGCUCCUAUCCCACCCCCACCAAGGCCCGGGCCAUUAAAAAGACUCAAUGCAGCCUUUCUGUAUCUCAUACUGUAUUCUGCAAGAUACUCCUGUGAAAGAAAGUUGUGCUGCAUCAGCCAUCUCCCUCCUGAAGAUCCCUGCGAAUGAGGAUUUGUGUUUUGAAAGUUCUGAGAAUUCCUGCAACAACAAUUCUCAAACUUAUUUGUCCAUGGGAUCUUUUCUUCCACUGAAUGUAGUUGGGGAGACACGGCCUUAAGCCUUGAGCAGAGAAAGAGACAAGAAACUGUUGGCUCACUUACAACCAAGUGUUGUGUUUAUGUUUUAGGUUUUUAUGAAACCGAGGUGAUGUUUGAGGUUCUAAAUGAAAUUGGGUGGUUGAAGAGAGGCUGGUAUCCCUGUAGACUUAGCCAGCCGUGAGAAGUUGCCUUUUGUUGAAGGAGGUGUUUUACAAAGGGAAAUAGGGUGUCUCCUGAGCAUCGCAUUAGCAAUUAAAUACAUGUAUCACUGAAAUGAAAAGAAAUGAUGAAAUGAUGAAAUGAAAUGAUGAAAUGAAACGAAAUGAUGAAACGAAGAAAUGAAAUAAUGAGAUGAAAUGAUGAUGAAAUGAAAUGAAAUGAUGAAAUGGAAUGAUGAAAUGAUGACAUGAAAUGGUGAAAUGAAAUGAAAUAAUGAAAUAAUGAAGUGAAAUGAAAUGAUGAAAUGAUGAAAUGAUGAAAUGAAAUGAAAAGAUGAAAUGAUGAAUUGAGGAAAUGAUAUGAAAUGAUGAAAUGAAGUGAAUGAUGAAAUGAUGAAAAAAUGAAAUUAAAUGAUGAAUUGAUGAAAUGAAAUGAUGAGAUGAAACGAAAUAAUUAAAUGAAAUGAGAUGAAAAGAUGAAAUGAUGUGAUGAAAUGUAUUAUUUUUAUGCCUUUUAUUCUUCAAUAAGUGCAGAUGCUUAUGAUACUGAAGAGGGGACAAUUACCGGGGCUAACCACUUUGUCAUUUGUUUUAUGGAUUGCUCUAAGCCUCAGUGUCAAAAUCUUAAGUCGGGAAUAGCGCCUGUUUCACACAGCUAUUGCAGAGAUUAAAUAAGAAGACAGCUUUGGUGUCUAAAACAAUGCCUUGCAUGUAGUAAGCACUCAAUGUAUGUUCAUUUCUUUUCUGUGAUCCAUGUCCUGUUAAAGCCUGUUCUAUUAUAAACAUAAGGCUAUACCCUGUCUCUACUAAAAAUAGAAAAAUUAGCUGGGUGAGGUAGUGCACGCCUAUAGUCCCAGCUACUCGGGAGGCUGAGGCAGGAGAAUCACUUGAACCCAGGAGGCAGAGGUUGCAGUGAGCCGAGAUCACACCACUGCACUCCAUCCUGGGCGACAGAGCAAGAUUCUGUCUCAAAAAAAAAAAAAAAAAAAGGUAAGGCUACAAUGGGGACUGAUAUUCAUUUAAUAUCAUCAAAGAAAAUAUAUUAAUUGGGAUGGCUAAUAUCAUCCUGGGACCACCAAUAACUAUCAUGAUGAAUAUAGUUUCUUCUACCUCUUGAUUUUUGGUCACAUAUAUGAUACCUCUCUGGAUCAUUUUCUAUUCUCUUCAUUUUUUUUCCCCCUCAUUUUGCCUUCCCUACUAGCCCCUUUUACUCUUUUUCAAUUUUUAUUAUUAUUUUUUUUUUUGCUAUUCAGUUUCUUGUAAUUUAUUGUUGGGCUUUAAAAAUGUUUUCUUUCUACCAGGAAAAUGAAGGCAGAGGAAAGGUAUGAUAGGACCAGUUGAUUGUGUUACUUUUUAAAGAACCUCUGGAGCUUUAGUUUUUAUGAACCAGAUUCCUUUUCAGCACACCAUCCCACCAUCAAGUUUGAUAACAAAUGAGAAAACAAAUAUCUUCAGUAGUGGUUCUACUUGGCUCAGUCUUGCUCCAGUUUAUAUUUAGUUUGUCCUGGGUUUUAGUUUUUCAGAAACAAAAGCUUUUAGUCAAAUAAUGAAAUUUCUCUUGUUUGGGCUAUAGGGGUGUGAAAUAAGUCUUAGGAGCUAUAAUUUUAUGUGAAAUUGGCCCAGAAUCUAGCAUAAGGGGCAAGCUUUUAAAAAAAACAACAGUCCUUACUAAUCUAUCAACAGUGAACACAAAUGCCACACAAAGACUACAUUCAUUUAUUGUGUCCUGGAGAAUAAUUACUUUACAAAGUCGUGUGGCUCAAAGUGGCAUUGUUGGUUCUUUGGAAGCAAAUGUGGACUCACUACAGUUGAUGUCUAAUCCAUUUUCCUUCCAUGUGGCAUGUUUAAUCAGCUCUGAGAGAGACCGAUCUCUGCAGGUGGAACUGGAAGGGGCUCAGGUGUUACGCAGUCGGCUAGAAGAAGUUCUUGGAAGAAGCUUGGAGCGCUUAAACAGGCUGGAGACCCUGGCCGCCAUUGGAGGUGCAGCUGCAGGGGAUGACACAAAAGAUGCAAGCACUGAGUUCACUGACAGUAUUGAGGAGGCCGCACACCAUAGUCACCAGCAACUCAUCAAGGUGGCUUUGGAGAAAAGUCUGGCAAUUGUGGAGACCCAGAACCCAUCUUUUUCCCCUCCUUCCCCGAUGGGAGGGGACAGUAACAGGUGUCUUCAGGAAGAAAUGCUCCACCUGAGGGCUGAGAUCCACCAGCACUUAGAAGAGAAGAGGAAAGCUGAGGAGGAACUGAAGGAGCUAAAGGCUCAAACUGAGGAAGCAAGAUUCUCCUCAGUGUCCCACAUCAGGAAUACUGUGCUGAGCCUUUGCCUUGAGAAUGCAGAGCUGAAAGAGCAGAUGGGAGAAGCAAUGUCUGAUGGAUGGGAGAUCGAGGAAGACAAGGAGGAGGGCGAGGUGAUGGUUGAGACGGUAGCCAAAGAGGGUCUGAGUGAGAGUAGCCUUCAGGCUGAGUUCAGAAAGCUCCAGGGAAAACUGAAGAAUGCCCACAGUAUCAUCAACCUCCUCAAAGAACAACUUGUGCUGAGUAGCAAGGAAGGGAAUAGUAAACUUACUCCAGAGCUCCUUGUGCAUCUGACCAGCACCAUCGACGGAAUAAACACAGAACUGGUUGGUUCUCCUGGGAAGCACCAACACCAAGAGGAGGGGAAUGUGACUGUGAGGCCUUGCCCCAGACCCCAGAGCCUUGACCUUGGGGCUACCUUCACAGUGGAUGCCCACCUAUUGGAUAACCAGUCCCAGCCUCAUGACCCUGGGCCUCAGUCAGCGUUUAGCCUACCAGGGUCCACCCAGCACCUGCGCUCCCAGCUGUCACAAUGCAAACAACGCUAUCAAGAUCUCCAGGAGAAGCUGCUGCUAUCAGAAGCCACUGUCUUUGCUCAGGCUAAUGAGCUGGAGAAAUACAGAGUUAUGCUUACAGGUGAAUCCUUGGUGAAGCAGGACAGCAAGCAGGUCCAGGUGAACCUCCAGGACCUGGGCUAUGAGGCUUGUGGCUGAAGCGAGAAUCAGGCUGAACAGGAGGAAACCACCAGUCCUGAGUGUGAGGAGCACAACAGCCUCAAGGAAGUGAUCCUGAUGGAGGGGCUGUGCUCUGAGCAGGGGUGCCAGGUGGCUAGUUCGUCUGAGAGGAAGCCCUUGGAGAACCAGCUAGGGAAGCAGGAAGAGUUCCGGGUAUAUGGAAAGUCAGAAAACAUCUCGGUCCUACGAAAGGACAUCGAAGAUCUGAAGGCCCAGCUGCAGAAUGCCAACAAGGUCAUUCAGAACCUCAAGAGCCAGGUCUGGUCCCUCUCAGUUACAAGUGAUUAUUCGUCUAGUCUGGAAAGACCCCAGAAGCUGAGAGCUGUUGGUACCUUGGAGGGGUCUUCACCUCAUAGUGUCCCUGAUGAGGAUGAGGUGUGGCUGUCUGAUGGCACUGGGGCUUUCUACUCGCCAGGGCUUUAGGCCAAAAAGGACCUGGAGAGUCUCAUCCAGAGAGUAUCCCAGCUGGAGGCCCAGCUCCCAAAAAAUGGACUAGAAAGGAAGCUGGCUGCGGAGUUGAAAUCAGCCUCUUGGCCUGGGAACUGUGAUUCCCUGAUUUAGGAUCAGGCCCAGAAACUCUCUUACCUACGGCAAAAAAUACGAGAAGGGAGAGGUAUUUGUUAUCUUAUCACCCAGCAUGCAAAAGAUACAGUAAAAUCUUCUGAGGAUCUCCUAAGGAGCAAUGACAUUGACUACUACCUGGGACAAAGCUUCUGGGAGCAACUCACCCAGGGAAGCCAGCUGACAGACAGGCUCACCAGCAAACUCAGCACCAAGGAUCAUAAAAGUGAGAAAGAUCAAGAUGGACUUGAGCCACUGGCCCUCAGGCUCAGCAGGGAGCUGCAGGAGAAGGAGAAAGUGAUUGAAGUCCUGCAGGCCAAGCUGGAUGCUCGGUCCCUCACACCCUCCAGCAGCCAUGCCUUGUCUGACUCCCACCGCUCUCUCAGCAACACCUCUUUACUGUCUGAUGAGCUGGAAGCCUGCUCUGACAUGGACAUAGCCAGCGAGUACACACACUAUGAAGAGAAGAAAGCUUCUCCCGGUCACUCAGAUUCCAUCCAUCAUUCGAGUCAUUCUGCUGUGUUGUCUUCUAAACCAUCAUCAACCAGUGCAUCUCAGGGGGUUAAGGCCGAAUCCAACAGCAACCUCAUCAGCUUGCCAACUCCCCAGAAUCCCCACAAGGAGGCCAACCAGGCCCAUUCAGGCUUUCAAUUUCACUCCAUACCCAAGCUGGCUAGCCUUCCUCAGGCACCAUUGCCCUCAGCUCCAUCCAGCUUCCUGCCUUUCAGCCCCACUGGCCCUCCCCUCCUUGGCUGCUGUGAGACACCAGUGGUCUCCUUGGCUGAGGCUCAGCAGGAGCUGCAGAUGCUGCAGAAGCAGUUAGGAGAAACUGAGCACUUCUGCAUUUGUGCCAGCACUCUUCCUUCUGCUUCCACAGCUACAUUGCCAAGCAAUGACUUGGAAGCUGACUCUUCCCACUACCUCAAAUCUGCCCAGCCUCACUCUCCUCCUAGGGACACCAUAGAACUAGGAAGAAUCCUGGAGCCUGGGUACCUGGGCAGCAGUGGCCAGUGGGACAUGAUGAGGCCUCAGAAAGGGAGUGUAUCUGGGGACCUAUCCUCAGGCUCCUCUGUGUACCAGCUUAACUCCAAACCCACAGGGGCUGACCUGCUGGAAGAGCAUCUUGGUGAAAUCCCGAACCUGCACCAGCGCCUGGAGGAGUCCAUCUGCAUCAAUGACCGCCUAUGGGAGCAAGUGGAACACCGGCUGACCUCUACUGCAUGUGGAAGUGGAUCCACCUCUAAGUUCUACAGUCAGGGUCUGGAGUCCAUACCUCAGCUCUGCAAUGAGAACAGAGUCCUCAGGGAAGAAAAUCGAAGACUUCAGGCUCAACUGAGUCAUGUUUCCAGAGAGCACUCCCAAGAAACGGAAAGCCUGAGGGAGGCUCUGCUGUCAUCUCGAUCCCACCUUCAAGAGCUGGAAAAGGAGUUGGAGCACCAGAAGGUGGAAAGGCAGCAGCUUUUGGAAGACUUGAGGGAGAAGCAGCAAGAGGUCUUCCGUUUCAGGGAGGAACGUCUUUCCCUGCAGGAAAACGAUUCCAGACUGCAGCACAAGCUGGUUCUCCUGCAGCAACAGUGUGAAGAGAAACAGCAGCUCUUUGAGUCCCUCCAGUCAGAGCUACAAAUCUACGAGGCACUUUAUGGCAAUUCCAAGAAGGGGCUGAAAGCUUACAGCCUGGAUGCCUGUCACCAAAUCCUUUUGAGCAGUGACCUGAGCCACCUGGUGGCAGAGGUAUGAGCUCUGAGAGGGCAGCUGGAGCAGAGCAUUCAGGGGAACAAUUGUCUGUGACUGCAGCUGCAACAGCAGCUGGAUACUGCUGGCAAAGCCAGCCUCAGCCCCUCCUCCAUUAACCAGAACUUCCCAGCCAGCGCUGACUCUGGAAACAAGCAGCUGCUCCUCCAAGAUUCAGCUGUGUCCCCUCCAGUCUGGGAUGUUGGUAUGAAUUCCCCAGCUCUGGUCUUCCCCAACUCGACUUCCUCUACUCCUGGCUCAGAAACAGCCAUAAUCAAGAGAGCAAAUGGCUUGGGUUUUGAUACUUCUCCAGUAUUGAAGACCCCUCGCAAGCUGGAGGGUGAUGCUACUGAUGGCUCCUUUGCCAAUAAGCAUGGCCACCGUGUCAUUGGCCACAUUGAUGACUACAGUGCCCUAAGACAGCAGAUUGCAGAGGGCAAGCUGCUGGUCAAAAAGAUAGUGUCUCUUGUGAGAUCAGCGUGCAGCUUCCCUGGCCUUGAAGCCCAAGGCACAGGGGUGCUAGGCAGCAAAGGCAUUCAUGAGCUUCGGAGCAGCACCAGUGCCCUGCACCAUGCCCUAGAGGAGUCGGCUUCCCUCCUCACCAUGUUCUGGAGAGCGGCCCUGCCAAGCACCCACAUCCCUGUGCUGCCUGGCAAAGUGGGAGAAUCAACAGAAAGGGAACUUCUGGAACUGAGAACCAAAGUAUCCAAACAGGAGCGGCUCCUUCAGAGCACAGCUGAGCGUCUGAAGACCACCAACCAACAGAAGGAGAGCAUGAAGCAGUUCAUCGUCAGCCAGCAGGCCAGAACACACGAUGUUUUAAAGAAGGCAAGGACUAACUUAGAGAGCAGCACUUACAGGAUUGCCUCUGUAAAGCCUUAUUCCUGUCCCAGAAAAGGUGAAAUCCCUAAGGGCUCUGACGUGUACUCCAGCCUUGUGACCCUUGCCUUCCAGGAACCAUGCAAGAAGCGCAGCCACCAGAAGUCCUUAAAACAGCAGGAAAGGUUGGCCUGUCCCCCUUUUGUGCAGCUACCUAUCUGCUGA